UGUAUAUGUAGAUAUAGAUAGAAUAAAAAAGAUAUAUAUUUUUAUAUAUAUAUAUAUAUGCACGGAUAAAUCGUUCUCGAAAUCGUUAAUCGUUGGUUGACAAGAGUAAAUAUUUAUUUCUUUUUUUUUUUUUUUUGAAAUCAAACAUCACGACAAAAAUGGCCGGUCAACGAGUUGUUUAUCUUCUUCUUCUACUGAUCUUCGUCCUCAUAGAGCACGAAUGUUACGGUCAGAAACAACAUCAGGAGGAUCCUUGUCAGACAAAAUCAAGAGUGGUCGGCGAUAUUGAAUAUUGCGAUCGUUAUUGGGAAUGCGUUAACGGUAGACCAGAAUUAUUUGAUUGCCCUAAUGGUCUCGUAUUCGCUGGAAAACAUAGGGGUGUAACAGAGGGUUGUGAUUAUCCAUGGAGAGCAAAUUACUGUGAUGGUAAACGCCAAGCUAAUCCACCAAUAUCAGCGGACCAUUGCGAUUGGCUUUAUGGUAUAUUCGGCCAUGAGACAUCUUGCACGAGAUAUUGGACUUGUUGGAAUGGCACUGCUACCGAACAAUUGUGCAUUGGUGGUCUACUUUACAACGAAAGGGCACGGUCCUGCGAUUGGCCCGAGAAUGUCGAGGGUUGUCAAAAGCAUCCACUUUGUAAUGACGACGCUAACGGCAACGUACCAUUAGGAAAGUCUUGCAAUCGUUAUUGGCAAUGCCAAGGUGGUUAUCCACGUUUACAAAGAUGCCCAGCCAUGUUGGUGUUCGAUAGACGAUCAUUGAGAUGCGUCGUACCACCUACCGAGGAUUGUGACGUACCAACGACGCAACCCAGUUUGGAUGGGGAUUUGCAAGAUGGUAGAAUCGAGCAAGAACCCGAAGAAGAAAAUUUACCGCCUGGCGUACCGCCACUUCCGGCCGGUGCCCUACCAAUUCCCCUUCGAGCACGUCCUAGAAAUUAAUUUUAAAUCGUUCCGUCGUAUGGUUUGAAAGAAAAAACGAAAAAGAAAAAAAACAAAAAGAAUAUGAUAAAAGAAAGGAAAAAAAAAGAAAGAACACACACACACACACACAGACACGCACACAAACGCAGAAAGACGGACACAUGAA